ACUGUGCUCUCACUAUUUAAUAUUUCUGACAAAUAAAUAUUCGCACCGAUAUCACAAAAUUAAAGUUAAAAAAAUAAUCAUGGGCGAAUACACGAUAGAAAACUUACAGGAAGUGCUAAGUGGAUGCAUUAAGAAAAGUCAAAGUAUUUCGGACAAGAAGAUUACGAGACUGACUGCUCCCGGAGAAAACUACGGUAGUACAAUGUUGAAGUUGGACGUAACACUAAAGGACGAAAAUGAUGGUACGGAAGAGGAACUACAUGUUGUGGCUAAGAUGAUCCCUGAACAGGAAUUCUUUAGGAAGGCGUUCAAUAUUCAAGUGACUUUCAAGAAUGAAAUUGCUAUGUAUAAUAUCAUAGCACCCACACUUCGAGAUUUCCAACGAGAGAACGGUGUUAACGAAGUAAUUGACUGUUUCCCAGAGUUUUACGGUGCUAGGUUGAAUCUGGGAGAACAAAAUGGUAAUGUGGAUGAGGAUGCGGUGCUGAUAUUAGAAAAUUUGAAGUUUAAAGGUUAUCAAUGCGUAGAUCACCACGUAAGCUUUGACCUAGAGACGACCCAGUUAAUACUCAAAGACUUGGCAGCUUUCCAUGCCAUACCAAUUGCUCUGAAGCUGAAGAAACCAGAAGUAUUCAAUGAGAAAAUCAGACCGUACUUGGCCCCGUUCCCUUUCCAGCCUAAGCCAAUUAAAGAAGAAAUCAAGUCAGUCUUCUUAGAGAUGCUUCAAGAUUCAUACAAAUGUAUACCCUGGAUACCAAAAGUUAAAAACAUUUUCGAGAACGUAAGAGAAGCAGGAGAUGCACCACCAAAGGAACCAUUCGCGACGGUAACUCACGGAGAUAUGUGGUUCAAUAACACUAUGAUAAAAUUUCAGAACAAGGUACCUGUUAGCAACAAGAUUAUUGACUUUCAAAACUGCGACUAUAAAUCACCAGCCACAGACCUGUUCUUUUUUCUUUUCACAAAUGUGCAGACGUCUGUACUACAAGACGAUUUCGACGGUUUGAUCGAAUUUUAUCACAAACACUUCAUUUCCCAUUUGGAGAAGUUGAAAUGCGACACUGCUCCUUUUAGUUUACCCAAGUUUUUAGAAGAAAUGAAAGCUGCGACGCCAGUUGAACUCGGGCAUUGUUUUAUGAUGAUAUUUUUGAAUUUUGGGGAAGAGCAGUUCGAUCACUCAUCAUCUGAUGUGGAUAAAAUAAAAGCAAGGAUACACUUGGCUAUGAAAGAUAAAUUAAGGAAUGUAAUCCAUACAAGCGGCAUGAGAGGAUGGCUGUAAUGAAAUGUUAUCUAUUUAAAAUUUAUGUAUAGGGUGGUAUUCGAUAUUAUCUUAAGGGGGCGAUUUAGUAUGUAUAUUUUUACCGUGUAACAGAGCUUCAGAUGAGGACACAAAUCAUCGAAGAAA